CAUGCAAACUGUAUGGUUACACUAUCAACGCUUCUCUUCAAGAUUGCAUUUGAAGAUUCCUGUAGUUAUGAAAAGUUUUAAUUGGCAGGGGUGGUAACAUGGAGUAAAAAGCUUAAUCCUUCACUACUGAUUGUAUAGUUUGAAACUAUCAUCAAAAAGAAGAAAAAUAAAUAAAUGAGAAGGUGAGUUCUCCAGGCAACAAAGAGUGUUUAACUAACAUGAAGCUCUACAGCAUUGCUCUGGCUUUAAGACUCACUGUUAUCAUCAUUGAAGCUCGAGAGAGCCGACUGAAGGAAUCCUUGAGCUGUUCCAAUGACUACAAAUCAUAUAUGAACUGCACCUGGUCUGAGCCUCGGGAGGGAAAUGCCUUUGUCAAGAUGCACCUUUUCCACAAACAUAACCAUUCAAACCUCACAAAGAUGAUCUGCAAUAGCCAGAAAAUAGACGCUGAGAUACAUUGGCACUGUAGGAGGAAUGAAACCAAUUUCAAUUCCAUGCUGAUUAAUACGUUCAUUUUCAAACCUGAUCGGAAGUUGGAAAUCCAACUGAAUGUUGACCUCUUCAAGAACAUUCAGCUUCUGCCACCUGAGAAAUUAAAUGUCACUGCCACAGAAGAAUGUGAUUUCCUACUAGAAUGGAAAGCAGGUGGAGGAACAAACAGAAAUCACUUGUUGCAAAGCCUUCCCCUGGAUUUUGAAAUAAGCUAUAAAAGAACUUGGGAACUUUGGGAGGAAUCUUCCUCUGUAUUGGUGUCAAAUAAGUCUCAUUAUUGUCUCCGACACAGUAGCCUUGUGCCUGGCAGCAGGUAUAUUGCCAGGGUUAGAAGCAAGCCAAGUCCAGACAGUGGAUUUGCUGGCCGUUAUAGUGACUGGAGUCCAGUGGUUACUUGGCAAACACCAGAAAAUGAUGCUGUGCACAAGAAUCUUCAAUGUUAUUUUAAUGGAAUUGAUCGUCUCAAAUGCAGUUGGGAGGUGAGACAAGAAGUCAGCAAUUCUAUUUUGUUCACACUCUUUUACAAAGACAAACCUGGAUCAGAAGAGAUGGAAUGCUCUGAAAUCUAUCAAGUACCCCUUAUAAGCAAUAAUGCCACUUAUUAUGUAUUGCAAAGCUGCGAGAUCAAUGUCACUAAUCCCAACAAGCAAAGCCAAUAUUUUGUUCGUGUGAUACCAAAAGAAGAAGCAAAAGAUAUUGAGAUGUAUCUGAACAUCAAGCCAGACCCACCUUACAACCUGUCCAUGUCAGUAACUGAUGGUCCUAAAUACAUCCUCCGCUGGCACUCCAAAAUCAUCAGUAGUUUUAAUUUGCAAAAGACACAUGAGAUUUCAUACUGGGAAACUGGGAAACCUUUAGAGGCCCAAGUAGAAAACAUUACAAACCAGGAAUUUACCUUCACUUCACAGUUCCUGGAGCUGGGCAAAAAUUACAAAGCAAAGGUGCGAACAAUAGUAAACGAACCUUACAAAGGUUAUUGGAGUGAAUGGAGUGAGGAAUUUGGCUGGCAAACCACCAGUGGUUUUCCUCUCUGGGGUAUGUUGCUAAUAACAGUAGUCUGUAUCAUUCUGAUGAUGGGGGGAAUUUGCUUUUGCAAAAAAUAUCUUCUCAGCAUGAAAAAGGAAUGGGAAGCAAAUAUUCCAAGUCCUCCGAAGACGUUUCUUCUCCCCAAUUUUUUUCCGAAAGUGCAGUUGGCAAACCAUUCAGAAGAUACCAGUGCUUUAGCAAAGGAAGAAAUCCACCAUUCCAGUAAACUGGAGAAAGAAUUACUGAUUGGCAGCCCAGCAGCUAUUGAAGAUGGGUUAAAGAAAACGCCACAGUUGCUUUGGUCUCAGAAUACGAAAAAGACAGAGCCUCUCAACAAAGCCAACACUGUCCAGAUUUGUACUAAUCCCAAUACAGAAAUAUUUGAUUUUAAUGGCCCAUACAUAUAUUCCUCUGCAGAGUCUGUUGCACAUACAGUUCAGCAGGAUUUGAAAGUUACUCCUUCAGAAUUGAAAGAAGCGCCAGUAUCUUUGCAGUCUAUAGGAUUACAGCCUUCUUUGUUUCUUCAGCAACAGCCAGAAGCGGGAAAGGAAAAUACUUUAUUGUCUAAUGUACAUCAGCAGGUGGAAGAGAAGCUGUCAUUUCCUACUGGACAAGAACCAACUCAAAUCCAGGAGACAAGUGGACAGUUGAAGAACGAGAAAACUACAGGGUGUCUUUCCAGCUCAAAUAGCCGCUGUCAAAAUUUGCCGCUAGAUUACAUUACUACAGUAGAUCUAUCAAUAAGCAAAGAAAAGGGAUGUUUAUUGCCAUUACCUGAGCUGGCUUCAGAGGAAGGGAUGCUUUCUUGUGCUAAUACAGCAACCGUUUCUGCACACAUGCCCAAAACUAAUGAAAAUCUCUCAAAUGCAGACUUAUGUCAAAAUAGAUCAAAAUCAAUCCUCCCAGUUAUGGAUCAAGGUAUUGGUGAUCCCUCAGCAAUAUCCCAGGAAGAAUCUAGUGACUAUCUUAUGAACUUUUCUGCUACCUCAGGUUCUGUGUCAAAGGAUGGAUUACUUUUUGCCAUGGAGGAAUCUAAGCAGGACAUUCUAAUAUUCAAUGUUGGAGGCAGAAGCCCUAUUUUCUUACAUCAAGAAGGUGAAUACUGUUUCUUUCCUGGCUCUAAGACCAAGGGAGACUGCAAGGGUCAAGGAGCACCUAUGGGCCACCAGCCUUCAGAAAUCUUUCAAAAAGUCACCAAAUCCCCUUUGGAGACAAAAUUUGCUGACAGUAAACUACAGGUCACUUCCCAGACCUGCCAAGACAUGUGAAACAUGUUCCUCAAUAACUUCCCCCUGGCCCUUGAAUACA